GACUCACCAACUUAUAAAUCCCGUUCAUCAGCCCUACCCGACUACCUUUUGAAGCCGUUCUUAAACAUCCUGUUGAUCCUUCCAGAUGCGACUUGGAUGGAAACACGACGGACGAUGAGAUGGCCGAUGAGGCUCACUGGUGGCUCGACCUUGCUUAAUAAUUGCAGCACAAUUGCCAGCACGAGAUCAUGCAGCACAAACUGGAUUUUCCCCUUGGCAAAAGCGAUGGGUUUGUACCUGCCCAGCGGCCCAGAUAUGCCCAGAUAUGCCCAGAUGAUAGACGACAUAAAAGUCGACAUGAAAUGGCACGUUGGAUGUGUUGACAAUUCACGCAAGUCUUUCGAUCAGUGAAAUGCUCUACUAUUGCGAUUCGGAUUUGCUGAACCACGCAACGAUUCGUGCUUUGAGAGAACAAACUGCCGGCCCCUGGGUACGGUACCUCUUCCUGGACCUUUGCAUGCGAUUGGCAUCGAUUGCUGCUGUAAGCCUGUAACAGUUUCCAAGCGACCAAUGCACAGCCCCAAUGAAGCCCCUCACAACAAUCAUGACAGCCUAAUAAACACAUGGCCUGCAAAAUAAUCAAAUGAUCGCCGCCUCACUUCCACUCCAAAACUCCCAAUUCUCAAAGCUCAAAGCUCAAAACUCACCGGCGACAGACACACUUCUUUGCCUUCGACCCUUGCGAUACAGACAUUUCCCUGCAUCGACACACGCAAAAGCCGCAAGUGAAUAAAUAUAAAACAACCACACACUACGUACUCAACGGCGAAAACAAAGACCCACCCAGUCAACCAAGCAAGGCCGUUCACUCAGUCAUCUAGGCCAAUUCUACCUACCCCACGGAGUUUCUACAAAUCUAUUAGAACCACAACCCGCAACCACCAACACUUGACAACAUCCUCUCUUCACUUGCGACUCUCAACAUUUCAGAGAUUUUUUCGCACAACGAUACACUCAACCAAAGCAACCAAUACUCGGACUUUCAGACCCUUCCUCAAGAGCCGCGCUCUUACUUGCGCCAGAUCCGAAAUUCCAAAGACAUUCCGAAUUAAUAUCUAUAAUAUUUAGAAGAUGGGUAAAUCUCAAUCGAAGCUCUCCGCGGAGCAAAUCACCGAACUCCAGAAAUCUACUCACUUCGAUAAGAAGGAAUUGCAACAAUGGUAUAAAGGUUUCUUGAAGGAUUGCCCAUCUGGGAUGCUCACCAAGGAGGAGUUCCAAAAGAUCUACCGACAAUUCUUUCCAUUCGGAGACCCAUCGUCCUUUGCGGACUACGUGUUUAAUGUCUUUGAUAGCGACAAGUCAGGUUCGAUUGAUUUUAAAGAGUUUAUUUGCGCUCUCAGUGUGACCAGUCGAGGAAAGAUGGAGGAUAAAUUGGACUGGGCAUUCCAGCUUUAUGACAUUGAUGGAGAUGGAAAGAUCAGUUAUGAAGAGAUGUUAGCGAUUGUAGAGGCAAUUUACAAAAUGGUUGGCUCAAUGGUCAAACUUCCACCUGAUGAGGAUACCCCUGAAAAGCGGGUCAAGAAGAUCUUCCGUAUGAUGGACAAGGAUGAGAAUGGCAGUCUGGAUAUGGAAGAAUUCAAAGAAGGAAGUAAACGUGAUGAGACGAUUGUAUCUGCACUUUCGCUCUACGAUGGUCUUGUCUGAUGGGUCUUCAUGGACGAAUUUGUUUUCGGUGCUGAAGGUGCAAAGGUGUGUCAAGAAAUUAGAUAUUUGAAAGAAGUCUGGGUGAUCUUCUGGAUCCUCCCUCUUCUUUGUACUUUGGAUCAUUUGUACCUUCAUCAUCAUUCGCCAAUCAUUUGGGCGGUUCAUGUUUUUGGAAGGAAAUGUUUGUUGGUAGUUUAAGCGUUGCGUAUGGUACCGGGAAGUUAUCUCCUGGAUUGGAUCCCUAGGAUGGAUCAAUUGAUUAACCACAUAUACUGGUAUAGAAAUAAAAACUCCUGAUGUAUCCACUGUCGGUAGAAAGCUAUGUGAUGCGCGUGGAUUUGUUAUUGGAUGGCUCUUUUCCCAUCUACGUGAUGCGACGAGUAGACACUGGUUGCAGUUGGUACAGCUGGCUCUAUUUUGAACCUUGGAUAUUUAAGAGGUAAUAAAGCCCAUA